GCGCAGUAGCAUGUGAGCAGCGGCACAGGUCAUGUGUAGAUCAGCGCUGGGAACCUAAAUCUCACGCCAGUAAAUCCUUAAGGCUGACAUGUCUUACUGACGACAACUUUCAGGAAAUACGAACAGGUGGACGAGCACAAUGACCGGCGGACUGCCGUCAGACGGCACCAUGGAUGACAACAAGAUGAACCAGUCCAACGUUAAAGUGGCAGUUCGUGUGCGACCCAUGAACAGAAGAGAAAAAGAUCUGAAGGCAAAGUGUGUGGUAGAAAUGGAGGCCAGUCAGACAAUCCUGAAUCCUGCCAUGACAACGCUGAGCAAAGGAGACCCUCGGAAUCAGCCAAAGGUGUUUGCCUACGAUCACUGUUUCUGGUCCAUGGAUGAAACUCAGAAGGACAAGUUUGCAGGACAAGAAGUCGUGUUCCAAUGCCUUGGCGAGAGUUUACUUGACAACGCCUUCAUGGGGUACAACGCCUGCAUCUUUGCUUACGGGCAAACAGGUUCUGGGAAGUCGUACACCAUGAUGGGUUCUGCAGAGCAGCCUGGUCUCAUCCCUCGCCUGUGCAGCUCCUUGUUCUCCAGGACUGUGCAGGAAGCUCGUGAGGGAGAGAGCUUCACUGUGGAGGUUUCCUACAUGGAGAUCUACAACGAGAAGGUCCGGGAUCUGCUGGACCCAAAAGGUAGAAGCCGCCAAGCGCUGAGGGUGAGGGAGCACCAGGUCCUGGGGCCUUAUGUCGAUGGUCUGUCUCGUCUGGCUGUGGCUAACUACAAGGACAUCGAGUGUCUGAUGUCAGAGGGAAAUAAAUCUCGCACGGUGGCCGCCACUAACAUGAAUGAAGAGAGCAGUCGGUCUCAUGGCGUGUUCAACAUCACCCUCACACACACACUGAUGGACCUGCAGUCAGGGACCAGCGGGGAGAAGGUGAGCAAGCUGAGCCUGGUGGACCUGGCAGGAAGUGAGCGUGCAGCCAAGACCGGGGCGGCCGGAGAACGGCUGAAAGAAGGAAGCAACAUCAACAAAUCUCUCAGUACUCUGGGUUUAGUGAUCUCAGCCUUGGCGGAGCAGAGUGCAGGGAAGAACAGGGGCAAGUUUGUCCCCUACAGGGACUCAGUGCUCACCUGGCUGCUGAAGGACAGUCUGGGGGGGAACAGCCGCACGGCCAUGGUGGCCACCAUCAGCCCGGCGGCAGACAACUACGACGAGACCUUGUCCACGCUGCGCUACGCCCACCGCGCCAAAAGUAUCGUCAACCACGCGGUGGUGAACGAAGACCCUAACGCCAGAAUCAUCAGGGAGCUACGAGAGGAAGUGGAAAAACUAAGAGAGCAGCUCACUGAGGCCGAGUCGAUGAAGGCUCCUGAGCUGAAGGAGCGACUGGAGGAGUCUGAGAAACUGAUCCAGGAAAUGACGGUGACGUGGGAGGACAAACUCCGGAAGACUGAGGCUGUCGCACAGGAGCGACAAAAGCAGCUGGAGAGUUUGGGCAUCUCCUUACAGUCGUCUGGCAUCCGAGUGGUGCAUGACAAGUGCUUCCUGGUCAACCUGAACGCUGACCCCGCCCUCAACGAGCUGCUGGUCUACUACCUGAAGGAGCACACGCGUGUGGGCUCAGCCACAUCUCAGGACAUCCAGCUGUGUGGCAUGGCCAUCCAAGCCCAGCACUGCGUCCUGGACAUCACACCAAACGAUGGCGUGGUGCUCACACCUCACUGCAACGCCAGAACCUGGGUGAACGGUGCUGUGGUCAGUAGCCCGGUGCGGCUUCAUCACGGAGAUCGCAUCCUGUGGGGGAACAACCAUUUCUUCAGGAUCAACCUGCCCAAACAUCUGGUCCACAUGGCGGGCGAGGAGGACGAGGAGGAGAGCGGGGCGAGAAUGAAGAGCUGUUUAGGUCCAGACCAGCUUGAGGUGGACUUUGACGCGUCGAGUGACGUCUCCAGUGAAGCAGGCUUUGAGUUUGCUCAGGCCGAGGUCAUGAUGAAAGGAAUGGCCAGCAACGAUCCCUUGCAGUCGGUGUUACAGACCCUGGAGAGACAGCACGAGGAGGAGAAACGCUGCGCCUUGGAGCGUCAGAGGUUGAUGUACGAACAGGAACUGCAGCAACUCCGCCAACGACUCCACCCUGAAAGAUCUUCUCAUCUCCUGGACUUGUCAGGCUCUCCUCCUAAUGCCACUGCACCAUCAGCUGGCUCCAACAAACGCAUGCGGCGCUGGAGCGAGGACAGAGAGGCAAUGAUUACUCGGAGCCUUCGGCGUCUGAAGGAGCAGAUCGUCCGCGCCAACCUAUUGGCUCAGGAGGCCUGUUUUAUUACGGAGGAGCUGAACAAGAGGACGGAGUACUUGGUGACCUUGCAGAUACCAGCUGCCAAUCUGGAUGCCAACAGGAAGCGUGACAUGGUGCUGAGCGAGCCCGCCAUUCAGGUGCGCCGCAAAGGCAAAGGCAAGCAGAUCUGGGCCAUGGAGAAGAUGGAGAACCGUCUGGUGGACAUGAGGGAGCUCUACCAGGAGUGGAAGGACUUUGAUGAAGACAGCGCUGUCAUGCGCUCCUAUUUCAAACGGGCUGACCCCUUUUUUGACGAGCAAGAGAACCACAGCCUGAUUGGGGUGGCGAAUGUCUUCCUGGCGUGUCUCUUCUACGACGUCAAGCUGCAGUACGCCGUUCCCAUCAUCAACCAGAAGGGAGAGGUGGCGGCCCGGCUCCAUGUGGAGGUGUGGCGAGGAACUGAAGCCCUGGAGGAGCAAGGUCCUCUGCAGGGUAUCGCCGAUGGAGACCUUCAGGAGCGCAACUUCAACUGUGUGGUGAAGAUCCUCCAGGCCACUGGUCUUCCUCGUCACCUGUCCAACUUCGUCUUCUGCCAGUUCCACUUCUGGGGUCAGCAGGAGCCAACCUUCAUAGCUCCAGAGCUGACGUCUUCCCUCUCGCCCACUGCCUCCAGAGACCCCCAGUGCACCGUGGUCUUUGACAUCUCCAAGGAGCUGUCUGUGCCCGUGUCAGAGGACUUCCUGGAGCACUUGUCGGAGGGUGCGCUGGCUAUCGAGGUGUACGGCCACAAGCAGGCCAACCACCGCAGGAACCUGGCACUGUGGGACCUGGCUGUGAUCCAGGCCAAGACCCGUUCGCUCAGAGAGAGGUGGAGCGAGGUGACUCGGCGACUGGAGGUGUGGGUGCAGGUGAUGGAGCUGAACGACGCAGGACAGUUCACAGCCGUAGAAGUUCUUCCCGCCAAGGACGUGCGCACCGGUGGAGUCUUUCAGCUUCGACAGGGUCAGUCCCGUCGCAUUCAGGUGCAUGUGUGCCCGGUGCCGGACUCUGGCACCAUGCCCCUCAUAUGCAGCUCCAUCCUUUCGGUGUCCAUCGGAGACGUCAAGGUCCAAAGUACAGCAAGAGGCAGAGACUUCCACUCGGUCCAGACCGAAGACAUGGACAGCUACCAGGAAGUGGAUGUGGAAAGGAUGAGGAGACAAUGGUUGGCCACGCUCACGCAGAGACAGGAGUACCUGGACCAGCAGCUCCACAAGAUCCUGUCCAAAGCAGAUAAAUCUGAGGAUGAUUUGGAGAGGGAGUCCCAGCUGCUGGAGUGUCGUCUGACGCUCACGGAGGAACGUAACGCCGUGUUGGUGCCGUCGGCCGGCAGUGGUAUUCCUGGAGCACCAGUCGAAGGAGUUCCUGUACCUGGCAUGGAAACACACAUUCCAGUCCUCUUCCUGGACCUCAGUGCCGAUGAUUUGCAGUCCAGUCUUUCAGUCCCUCUGGGUGGAGGGAUGGAUGCGUACCUCGACCAGGAAUUCGAAGACGACUUCUUUGAUCUUCACAUCGUCAAACAUUACGACUCAGAGGUGAAGGUGGAGGCAUCCUGGGACUCCACAGUCCACGAGUGCCCCCAGCUCAGCCGCGUGGCCACCGGUGAGCAGAGAGUCUACCUGACCAUCCGCGUCGUGCUGGAGUUAAGUCACCCCGCCCACAUGCAGCUCGUCCUCAGGAAGCGCAUCUGUGUUCAUGUCACUGGGAGACAGGGUUUUGCCCAGAGUCUGCUAAAGAGGAUGUCCCAGCGCAGCCCGAUUCCAGGGUGUGGCGUCACCUUUGAAAUAGUCUCCAACAUACCAGGGGACUACCACGGUCCGGAGGACAGAGAGAUGCUAGCUCGAUUAGCGGCCAGCGCGGAUGACGAGCAGUCAGCUGACAGCGAGGCGGCCAUUGAGAAAUAUCUGCGCAGCGUCCUGGCUGUGGAGAACAUCCUCACGCUGGACAGACUGCGACAGGAGGUAGCAGUCAGGGAACAGCUGGCAGGCAGAGGGAAAACUCCAAGACGCUGUCUCAGCUCGCCAAACGUCAACCGGCUUUCUGCCAGCACUUUGGAUGUCUUCUCUUCAACUUGCAAACUCCAUGACUUCCAGGUCUGGGAGACUGACCAGGACCUCUCUGCUCCUCCUCAGUCCAGACGCACGAUGUCCACUUCAGGACCAGAAACAGAUACAUUUUUAGGCUCCGCUGGGUCUUCCCUUCCGCCAGUGAAGGCCAUGCCCACGCUGCAGAAGUCACUGCUUCCUGGUGGCAAAGAUGUCAGAGAGCAUAAGCAGAAUGUGCCCGAUAUCAUUGUGCACUCAGCCAGUGUUGAAGAGGGCAUGAGCACCGGUCUUUUGGAAAUCGUCCCAACAGAAAGUCCCAAAGCUAUGCCGCUUCCUUCACCAACCAUCCCAGAGACAGAAGAUUGUACUUUGAACGAAGCGUCCAGUAGAUACACGUUCACCAGUACGUCCACCGACAAGCCCACCAGUACGUCCACCGACAAGCCCACCAGUACAACCACCGGCCAUCCCACCGGUACGUCCGCCGGCCCGCCCGCCAGUAUGUCGGCCGGCCCACCCGCCCGUAUGUCCGCCGGCACGUCCGCCGGCCCGGCCAGUGUGUCCGCCGGCCCACUUACCAGUACAUUCGCCGGCCCUGCCAUUAUGUCCGCCGGCACGUCCGCCGGCCCGGCCAGUGUGUCCGCCGGCCCACCUACCGGUACAUCCGCCGGCCCUGCCAUUAUGUUCGCGGGCACACCCGCCGGCCCGGCCAGUAUGUCCACCGGCACGUCUGCCGGCACCUCCGCCGACCCGCCCACCGGUACGUCCGCCGGCCCGCCCGCCGGCCCGGCCAGUGUGUCCGCCGGCCCACCUGCCGGUAUAUCUGCCGGCCCUGCCCUUAUGUCCACCGGCACACCCGCCGGCACAGCCAGUAUGUCCACCGGCACGCCCACCGGCCCGUCCGCCGACCCGCCAGCCGGCACGCCCGCCGGCACUUCCACCGGCACGCCCGCCGGCACUUCCACCGGCACGCCUGCCGGCACUUCCACCAACACACUGUCAGACAUCUACACGCUUAGCUGGGAUAUUCCUCCACUGUCAGUUCAGGGUGCAGAUGAGGCCGGAAAUAAAGUCUCACAGCCAUCCGACAGUAAUGUUGGACCUCAUGAGAACCGUUCAGAACCUGCGGAGAGAUCAGUCCUGCCACAGUCAAAACCAAAAGAGCCUUCAAAUCACCCAAAAACAAAUCCAUCACCAUUAGUCCAAGAAGGAGAAGAACUUGAUCCAUUUGUGGAGUCCAAGAGUCCAGAACAAUUAGAGGCUGACUCUGUGGACUCGAAACAACUCGCCAGUUCCCUACUAGAGCUGGAGAACAAAACCAAACCGGAAGAACCUGCGCAAACAGACUCAAAACCAAAGACCUGCCUUACAGAAAGUGUUCAAAUGGAUGUAAAAGAAUCCACUAAACCAAUUCAGAAAGAAUCCGAGAGGAAGAAAAAGGCCAAACAAAGUCCUGAGUCAGUCUUAACGCAGAUGUCCAAUGAACUGAAGAGUUCUGAUCCACUGUCUUCAUCCCAGGACCAAACCAGUACCAAAGCCUCAGGCUCCAAAGCUCCCUCUUUACCAGCAUCGUGGUCCACUGAGGAGGUUCCCCUAGGAGUUGAGCCCAGUGUUCAAACCUCAAAAGCAGCCAACACCUUCAAAAUCCAAAAAGUACAAUCGUCAGACCUCAAGUCCUUCCAGCAGAUCCUCAGUGAGCCAGAAAACCAACCAGAUCAGACAGAGCAGGUUAGCGGUUCCGAGAAGUCGGAACUAGAUCUGUCUGAGCCUUUGGAGCUGGUCUUGGACUGUGAGGACGGAGACGCGACCGCUUCUCUCUCCAUGCCUGAUUGGCUGAAAGAAGGAGCGUUUGUGAGCGUCGGGACCAAUAAAAGCGGCACAGUGCGCUACGUGGGACCCACAGACUUUGCAGACGGGAUCUGGGUGGGAGUCGAACUGGAGGUCCCUGCAGGAAAGAAUGACGGUUCUGUUAGUGGCAAACACUACUUCCACUGUAACCCUGGUUACGGAGUCCUCGUACGGCCGGACCGGCUGAAUCCUGGUGGCGCCAAACGCCGGCGCCAGCAUCACAAGCGUCGCAGUGCCAAUUUAUCAGGCUCCGCCUCCAACUUGGCGACUCUCACCGCUCUCGCCAAAGGUGAAGGUGCCGCCACGUCUACAUCUACACCUACAUCUACAUCUACAUCUACAUCCACUUGCAACAGCGGCGAAGAACACAAGUCUUGAUAGAGUCAAACAUCAAUGAUUGAACACAGUAGAACUACUUCCUGUCAGCUACCAGGUACAACUAUCUAUGUAAACUAGUCCUGAGUGUACUAGUCCUACAUCUAUGUAAACUAGUCCUGAGUGUACUAGUCCUACAUACAUGUGAACUAGUCCUGUGUGUACUAGUCCUACAUAUAUGUAAACUAGUCUUGAGUGUACUAGUCCUAUAUAUAUGUGAAUUAGUUCUGUGUACUAGUCCUACAUCUAUAUGAACUAGUCCUGUGUGUUCUAUUCAUAUAUAUGUGAACUAGUGCUGUGUACUAGUUCUACAUUUGUGUCAACUAGUCCUGAGUGUACUAGUCAUACAUCUGUGUCAAAUAGUCCUGUACAUCGUAGUCCUACACCUAUGUGAACUAGUGCUGUGUACUACUCAGAACUAGUUCACAUAGGACGUAGGACUAGUACACAGAGAUGUAAAUGUGUACUAGUUCUACAUUUAUGUAAACUAGUCCUGUGUGUACUAGUCUAGUCCUACAUCUGUGAGUACUAGUUAUACAUUUAUGUAAACUAGUCCUGUGUGUACUAGUCUAGUCCUACAUCUGUGAGUACUAGUUCUACAUUUAUGUAAACUAGUCCUGUGUGUACUGGUCUAGUCUUACACCUGUGAACUGGUUCACAUAGGAUGUAGGACUAGUACACAUAGAUGUGAAUGUGUACUAGUUCUACAUUUCUGUAAACUAGUCCUGUGUGCACUAGUUUAGUCUUACAUCUGUGAACUAGGGCUUUGUACUACGCAGAACUAGUUCACAUAUGUGUAAAUGUGUACUAGGUCUACAUUUAUGUAAACUAGUCCUGUGUGUACUAGUUCUACAUAUGUGAACUAGUCCUGUAUGUACUAGUCCUACAUCUGUGAACUAGUCCUGUGUGUACUAGUCGUACAACUAUUUGAACCAGUUCUGUAUACUACUCAUAACUAGUUCACAUAGGAUGUAGGACUAGUACACAUAGGUGUAAAUGUGUACUAGUUCUACAUUCAUGUAAACUAGUCCUGUGUGUACUAGUCUAGUCCUACAUCUGUGAACUAGGUCUGUGUACUACUCAGAACUAGUUCACAUAGGAUGUAGGACUAGUACACAUAGAUGUAAAUGUGUACUACUUUUACAUUUAUGUAAACAAGUCCUGUGUGUACCCGUCUAGUCCUACAUCUGUGAACUAGUCCUGUGUACUACUCAGUACUAGUUCACAUAGAUGUAAAUGUGUACUAGUUCUACAUUUAUGUAAACUAGUCCUGUGUGUACUAGUCUAGUCCCACACCUGUGAACUAGUUAUGGGUACUACUCAGAACUAGUUCAAAUAGGAAGUAGGACUAGUACACAUAGAUGUAAAUGUGUACUAGUACUACAUAUAUGUAAACUAGUCCUGUGUGUACUAGUCUAGUCCUACAUCUGUGAACUAGUGCUGUGUACUACUCAGAACUAGUUCAAAUAGGAUGUAGGACUAGUACACGUAGAUGUAAAUGUGUACUAGUUCUACAUUUAUGUAAACUAGUCAUGUGUGUACUAGUCCUACAUCUGUGAACUAAUCCUGUGUAUUAGUCCUACAUCUGUGAACUAGUUGUGUACUACUGAGAACUAGUUCACAUAGAUGUAAAUGUGUACUAUUUCUACAUUUAUGUAAACUAGUCUUGUGUGUACUAGUCUUACAUCUGUGAACUAAUCCUGUGUGUACUAGUCCUACAACUGUGAACUAGUUGUGUACUACUGAGAACUAGUUCACAUAUAUGUAAAUGUGUACUAGUUCUACAUUUAUGUAAACUAGUCAUGUGUGUACUAGUCCUACAUCUGUGAACUAGUUCACAUAGAUGUAAAUGUGUACUAGUUCUACAUUUAUGUAAACUAGUCUUGUGUGUACUAGUCCUACAUCUGUGAACUAGUCUUGUGUGUACUAGUUGUACACCUAUUUGAACCAGUUCUGUGUACUACUCAGAACUAGUUCACAUAGGAUGUAGGACUAGUACACAUAGAAGUGAACUAGUUCUGUGUACUAGUCCUACAUUUAUGUGAACUAGGUUUGUGUACAGGUCUACAUUUAUGUAAACUAGUCAUACAACUAUGCAAACUAGUUCUACAUCCACAUGUACUAGUAUUAAAUCUGUACUAGUACUAAGUCAAUGUGGACUAUCACUAAAUUUAUGUGGACUAGUUGUGCAUCAAUGUGAACUAUUACUACAUCCAUGUAAACUAUACAUGUGUACUGUUACUACUAUGUGGACAAGUACUACAGCUAUGUGUACUAGUUCUACAGCAACAGUAUGUGUACUAUUAAUACAGACUUGUACUAGUUCUACAUGUGUAGACAGAAGUCAUGCGUUGAUGACUCAUGCUGAAGUUGCAAUUGUCGUGUGUGUGCAUCAGCAAAGUCAGAAAUGCUGACAAAUACUUUUAUUGUGAAAGAGGUUUUCAAAUAUUGCUUUUUUGUGUGUGUGCCUUGACAUGACAGUUUUUGUAUUUACAAACUACUUUUUUAAACGAUGCAAUCUUUCUAAUCAGGUUAUGGACUCAAAUAUGUGUGUCACUGUUUUUGAUAACUUGCUGAUUUGUUCCAACUUGAUUUCUGAUGACUAAGCAAUAAAGUCAGACUAUUGCCAAA